AUGGCGCAGCGGGACAAGAAGGUGGAGGAGCCGACGGAGGUGCACCUGCACGCCGCGGAGAUCACGCUCUGCGCCAACAGCUGCGGCUUCCCGGGCAACCCGGCCACCAAGAACCUCUGCCAGAACUGCUUCCUGGCGUCCUCCUCCUCCUCGCCGUCCUCCUCCGCCGCCUCACCGCCGUCCCCUUCCUCCUCGCCCGCGGCCGCGUUCCCGCUCUUCGACAAGCCGAGGCCGGCCGCCGCCGCGUCGCCGGCCGCGCCCGUCUACAUGGCCGUUGACCGGCCUGCCGCCGGGCCGGCGGACCCGAAGGCGUCUAAGUCGUCGGUGAACCGCUGCCACAACUGCCGGAAGCGCGUGGGCCUGACGGGGUUCCGCUGCCGGUGCGGCGAGAUGUUCUGCGGCGCGCACCGGUACUCGGACCGGCACGACUGCAGCUACGACUACAAGUCGGCGGCCAGGGACGCCAUCGCCCGGGAGAACCCCGUCGUGCGCGCCGCCAAGAUCGUCCGGUUCUGA